AUGGCCGAUCAAAAGCUCCACCCUGCUGUAACCGUAUCCAACAUUAAGGCUUUCAUUCCUAUUACCCUGGACCACGAAGCCUUGGACUAUAACAAUUGGUCCGAAUUAUUCCGCCUCCACUGCACCGCCUACCUUGUUGCUGAUCAUCUCUCUCCUCGGACACCACCUGCUGCCGCUGACAAAGACAAAGAAAACGAGACUCCUGGCUCUUCUUCAUCUCCCGCCGACUCUUGGGAGCGGCUAGAUGCCAUCGUCCGUCAGUGGAUGUACGGUACUAUCUCCACGGAUCUUCUCAAGACUGUCAUCAAGACCCGAACCACUGCGUAUGAUGCCUGGAAGGCCAUUGAGUCUUUGUUCCUGGAAAACUUCUCCUCCACGGCGGUAUAUUGUCAAGAACUCAAGGUUUUCUCUGACCAACUGAGCAAUGUCGACGCUCCUGUCGAUGAACAGACUCUUGUUCUACAGACCAUUGCUGGUCUUACAGAACAAUAUGAAACCGUCAGUACUAUCCUCCAGAAUACUAAACCCCUACCCUCCUUCUUUGACAUCCGUUCUCAACUUUGUAUGAACGAGACCACCAAAGCAAGUCAUGCCCUUCACUCCGCUACCCAAGCCUCUACCGCCCUACUUACUCAAAGCCGACCCAACCACUCACCUUCCAACCCUCACCACUCCACUGCCUCCGCCUCCCAAAGUUCACGUGACCCAGCCGGAGCUGAGGUCGCUCUCGCGGCCGAGGCCGGACCUCCACCUUUCAACCCCAUCGCUCCACCACCUCUUCUCAGCCUAACCACCCUUAUAUUAUCUUCCCUAACAAUUGGACCCAAAGCCAAUGGGCCAAUCUUCUAA